AUGAAACGCGUUUUCCCGCAGUUCUGGGCCUGGGGUACAAACCGGGUGCUAUCGUGUCGGGCUGUGACGGCGCUCUCUUCAGAGCUUGCCGACGGCCACCUGCUCGGCUCUGUGCUCACGCUGGGAGAGCGAGAGAGGGAGUUCCAGCCAGCAAUCGUGAAGAAGGCAGUGAUUCUCCGCUUUUUGGAGACACAGUCUCUUUUGGGCUAUUGGGAAGGACGAAUCCCGGAAGGACAAGGGGAGCCCCCUUUUAAUACGAGGAGAGUGCAGUUUGUCCCACCCACCCUGACGGUGUGCAAAGACAGACAGCAGCCGGGUUUUGAACAUUCAGACAGUGGGUUGUUUGGCGUCAGCAUGAACAUGCGGAUGACGGCCUGCACCGUGAAAGCCCUGGACCUCCCCGUCCUGAGGAUCCGUCUGGUGCCCUGGCCUCUGCUCUCCGCAUCGCGGAGGGCUCUCUGCUGCCGCCUCCUGGUGAGUGAAGGCAUGGCGGCGGUUAGGACCCAGCAGGGACGUUUGGGUAAACCGGGGAGUGAGCAGCUGGGCUCCAGCCCGUGGAGCUGCCCGGCUCUGUCUGCUGAUAAAGUGGCUGCUGCCGCGGCCUCCUGUGAAAGUGCAAACCAAACCGCCAGGCAUGGGGACUUCUGGCCGCUCCCCUCCAGGUCUGGGUGGGAUCCGUCGGCCUGCUCGUGGUUCCAAGCGUUCCUGUUGCGCUUUGUCAGCAACUUCAGGGCAGCAACCAAGCCACCAUUUCCAAAAGAUUCUUUCAUUCCCUACAGUUUGACAAUCAGCCACAAUGCCACUGUCUUUGAAGUUUGA